AAUACCGCCCCCCCCACCUCGUCCUCAUAUAUCCAAUCCAAUAUACUAUUACUGAAUAAGAUAAUUAUAUUAAUCGAUUAUUAACAUUGUUAUUAUUGGAUAACAGAUUAAUUAACCCAGCCAUAUAAUUACAAUUUAUAAAUGGCGGGUGCAAUGAUCUCAUCAUCAUCCUUCUCCAGCUUGCUCGUUGCGUCGGCACUCCUCGUCACCUUCGUUUCACUAAUGCAUACUGCUCAGUCUUCUGCUUCUGAACCGGUGGCGGCGGUUCCGGUCCAUGCGGCGGCCCCUCCUCCCCCCCACCAGAUAGAUUGUGGGGCAGCAUGCGCCGGGCGGUGCAAGCUGGCGUCGAGGCAGAAGAUCUGCAUGAGGGCGUGCAAGACUUGCUGCGGCAGGUGCAACUGUGUCCCGCCCGGAACCUCCGGGAACAAGGAUGUUUGUCCGUGCUAUGCUAAUAUGACCACUCACGGCGGCAAGCCCAAGUGCCCUUAAUUCAUUCAUUCAUUCAAUUCCCUCCUCCUUGAGGAUGU